AUGCCGUGCACCGACUUCACCGGCUUCCAGCUUAGCAGCGUUGUCCUCAGCGGCUUGACGCUCGACUCGAACAACUGCCAGAACCUCAAGCCCACCUGCCUCAACCCCAACGAGCACAUCGAGAUCGACAACAAGCCCUGGGACACCCAGACCGCCCUCGUGUGCACCAACCAGAAGUGGACCCUGAACGGCAAGCCAGUCGAAUCGGUCACCUGCGCCGCUGACAAGCAGCCCACCAACUCUGGUCGCCAC